CUGACGGAAUAGGGAGAGAAUUAUCAAAUUAUAGGUUGACCUAUUUUUAUUUUAUUUUAUUUUCUGGAUCUAGGGUUUUCUCUUGAAUCGUCGUCACGACUCACGUACUCGCACCAAUACUGUUAUUACAAAAUCUCGCCAGAUUUAUUAACCCUAGCUCUAAAUUUAAUUUUGGAUACUUCAACAAAAGAAUCUCGAGAAUUCAACCACCGUCGACGACAACGAAAUUGCCGCAAUCUUGAUUUUAAAUCCAACUUCUUCUUUUUUCGUGUUCCCCCGGAUUUCAUCAGCAAUCGAUUUAUAAAUCUUGAAAAUUCGGACGGAUGAAUUUCAAAGAACUACUCGGCCGGUUGGUCGAUUGAUUUACUGAAUUAUUGAUGCAGCGCAAAUUUACAAAACCACAUUUGAAGUAGUGAAAUUGGUAUUGAAACUACAAAUUUUCGUAAAUGUAUCCGAAAAUGGUGCUGAUGUAUGAAGGUGUGAGGUUGUUGGGAGAGGCUGAGUUGCAGCCGCAGGAGGGCAUUGUGUGGGUGCAGAAGCUUAAGGAAAUUCGAAUUUCUCAGUACACUGCGCCCAGUGAGAGGUGCCCGCCACUCGCCGUGCUUCUCACGAUAAACUCCGCCGGACUAUGCUUCAAACUGAAAUCUACUGUCAAUGUGAAGAAUCAAGACUCGCCGCUUUCUAUUUUGCACGCUAGCUGUCUCAGAGAUAACAAGACUGCUGUAGCAUCCAUCGUAGGAGGGGAAAUUCAUUUAGUUGCUAUGCAUUCGAGAAAGGAUGAAGGACAAGGUCCUUGCUUUUGGGGAUUCAAUAUCGCGUCAAGUAUUUACAAUUCUUGCCUUGUUAUGCUGAAUCUCAGGUGUCUUGGCAUUGUGUUUGAUCUUGAUGAAACUCUCGUGGUAGCUAAUACAAUGCGCUCGUUUGAGGAUAGAAUAGAGGCAUUGCAGCGAAAAAUAAAUUCAGAGUCUGAUCCACAGCGUGUUUCGGGGAUUCUGGCAGAGAUUAAACGGUAUCAUGAUGAUAAAAUUAUUUUGAAGCAAUAUGCAGAAAGUGAUCAGGUGAUUGACAAUGGGAAAAUUAUCAAAUCACAGUCUGAGGUGGUUCCUGCUUUGUCAGAAACUCAUCAACCUAUUGUUCGCCCUCUUAUACGUCUUCAAGAUAGAAAUAUUAUUCUUACUCGCAUUAAUCCACUGAUACGUGAUACGAGCGUUCUUGUGAGACUGAGACCUGCUUGGGAGGAUCUUAGAACUUACUUGACUGCUAAAGGGCGGAAGCGCUUUGAAGUUUUUGUUUGCACGAUGGCUGAAAGGGAUUAUGCUUUAGAAAUGUGGAGACUUCUGGAUCCAGGAUCAAACUUGAUAAACUCGAGGGAGCUUUUAAAUCGCAUUGUGUGCGUCAAGUCUGGCUCUAGGAAAUCGCUCUUUAAUGUUUUCCAAGAUGGAAACUGCCAUCCUAAAAUGGCAUUGGUAAUUGAUGACCGCUUAAAAGUAUGGGAUGAGAAAGAUCAACCACGAGUCCACGUCGUUCCUGCAUUUGCUCCAUAUUAUGCGCCUCAAGCUGAGGCCAACAACACUGUCCCUGUGCUCUGUGUUGCGAGAAAUGUAGCUUGCAAUGUCCGAGGCGGUUUUUUCAAAGAUUUUGAUGAUUGUCUUCUGCAACGAAUAACCGAGGUUGCAUAUGAAGACGAUAUUAGGAAUGUGCCUUCUUCACCUGAUGUGAGCAAUUACUUAAUUUCAGAGGAUGAUCCAUCAACUUCGAAUGGGAAUAAAGAUUCACUUGGUUUUGAUGGAAUGGCAGAUUCGGAGGUGGAAAGGAGACUGAAGGAGACGUCGUAUGCUUCUUCAGCUGCUUCUCUGCCAAUUGCUAAUUUAGAUCCAAGACUCGCCCCAGCACUCCAGUAUGCUGUAUCAUCCUCUUCUUUUACAGUUCCUCCCCCAGCAAUACCAGGACCAUCUAUGUCUUUCACUAGUCAGCAAUUACCUCAAGUGGCCACGCUUAAACAGCCUUUGGCUCAACUUAGCCAAGCAGAAAUAAGUGUGCAAAGCUCUCCUGCAAGGGAAGAAGGUGAGGUACCUGAAUCAGAACUAGAUCCUGAUACAAGAAGGAGACUGUUAAUUUUGCAACACGGUCAAGACAUGAGAGAACACCCUCCAAGUGAACCUACAUUUCCUGCUAGGCCGACAAUGCAAGUAUCCCUACCAAGAGGUCAAACCCGUGGCUGGUUUUCUGUUGAAGAAGAGAUGAGCCCGGGACAACUGGACCGAGUGGCACCACCCAAGGUCAUUUUGAAUGCAGAGUCUAUUCCUAUUGACAAGAAUCGGUCUCCUCAUCCACCCUUUCUUCACAAAGUCGAGCCUUCCGUCCCGCCUGGUAGAGUGCUGCAUGAAAGAUUACCAAAGGAGUCAUUUUCAAGAGAAGAUCAAUUAAGGUUGAAUCAAGCAGUGUCCAAUUUUCCUUCUUUUUCUGGUCAAGAAAGUCCGGUGGCCCAGCCAUCUCUAGCAAGUAAGGAUAUUGAUCUUGAAGCUGGACAAAUAGAUCCAUAUACUGAGACAUGUACUGGAGCAUUACAGGAAAUUGCAUUUAAGUGUAGAACAAAGGUGGAGUUCAAGCAAGCCCUGGUAUUUAGCACAGAACUUCAGUUCAUAGUAGAGGUCUUGUUUGCAGGGGACAGAAUUGGUCAAUGGAUUGGUAGAACAAGAAGGGAAGCACAACGUCAGGCUGCUGAAGAAUCUCUUGUAUAUCUGGCCGAUAAAUAUUUGUCGCAGCGUAGACCUGACAGUUAUAUGCCAGGCAAUGGCAGUAGGUUUAUUGCUAAUCAGAAAGAAAAUGGGUUUGUCGGUGAUCCUAACACUUCGGGAUAUCAGUCACUGCCUAAGGAGGAGGGUGCUCCCUUUUCAACAGCAGCAGCAUCGCCAAGAAUUCUAGAUCCAAGACUUGAGCCCUCCAAGAAGCCAAUAGGUUCCAUUGCUGCACUUAAAGAGUUAUGCAUGGUGGAGGGCCUUGGUGUAGCAUUCCAAACUCAUCAACCUCAGUUUUCAGCUAAUCCAGGACAGAAGAAUGAAGUGUAUGCCCAGGUUGAAAUAAAUGGAGAAGUAUUGGGUAAGGGAAUUGGCCUAACCUGGGAUGAAGCUAAAUCAGAGGCUGCUGAGAAAGCUCUCGGAGCCUUGAAAUCCAUGACGGGUCAGUUUCCUUACAGGCAUCACGGGUCCCCGAGAUCAAUGCAGGGCAUGUCGAGCAAGAGGAUGAAACAAGAGUUCUCCCGAGUUCCUCAGCGAAUGGCAUCCUCUGGCAGAUACCCGAGGAACGGAUCACCUGUACCAUGAAACCUAUGCAUUGAUUUUUCGUGCUUGUAUGUAUAGCAUUAGCCCACUCUUGUGUGACUUACAUGAUGAAACCUGUAAAGUGGGGGCGACAGAGGUUGUUGGGCUGCGGCUGCAGUUAGCUUCCAGUAAGAAUUUGCUGAAGCAGAACUGCGUCCUUAGCACCACCCUCGCCAGUAACCGUUGGAAACCUGAGGAGACGGACGCUUCUCUCAUUCCAAGUCUACAUGGGAUCUUCAUCUGUUGUUGUAUCUGAAUCUGAAUUCAGCCUAGAAAGGUAAGAAGAUGAUGAAGAAGAAGAAGUCGACGACGAAGAAGGUCGGAAGAAGAAAUGAUGUUGUGAUAUAAGUCAAGGAGAGGUAAAAGGGAAAGGUGGUCGUUGAAGCCAAGGGAAGAUAUGCACUAACUUUAAUGGAAUCCCAUCUCUGAUUUAAGUUUAUGAGGUAAAUAUGGCAGCACAGCAAUGCAUUAUUUAGUUUGACUGUAUCUGCUCGUCUCAGCUCUAGGUUUAUGAAAUUGUUUAUUCAAUCAUUUUUUCCCCCACCUAAUAUAGCAGUUUUUGUCUUUAAAAAUGUAUACUAUAACCUUGAUAAAUGAGUUUUUGUUUUGCAUUUUUUUUG